UUAUGGAAGCCUUAAAGUUUGUAAUACUGGCCUGAAUACUCUCGAUUACUGCCUCCACAGACAUCGAGAUCAGUCAGAAAGAUAUUGAUCGAAUCUACGAAGGUUAUAAGAAGUAUUACCAAGAAGAUCCGCCUGGUAACAGCACGAAGAGAUUCCUUGAAAUAAAGCAGGAGUUUACAAAUGUUGUGACUGAUUCGACCAUCCUUCGGACUUUUACCCCAACUGCUGCUGAGGAAGCCCUCCUGAAAAGUACUUACUUUGCGAAUAUAGGAAGUGCUAGACAGGACACGACUGAUUACUCCUCUCUUUCAGGGAUAUAUGCCACUGAGGAAGGGAGGGCAAUUUAUUACUACAGUCUUAACCCUCCAACAAACUAUGCUGUGGAGUUUCCGAACCCUGAUGUCUACGAGAUCAGGAUCAGGCUCAACCCAUGCAUUAACAGGGAUAGCGAUCUCUGAUGUGAUGCCACAAAUGAGGGAGCUUGUGAAGACAACACAGUCUUUGAAUCUGGCGAAGAUAUGGCUGUCUCGUGGUUCACUAAUGGCUACAUUUUUAGAUGUAGCGACAUCUUUGAGAAACAAAACGAGUGAGGUACAUAUCUUGAAAUCCAUAGGCCAAGAGAUGCAAAGGUUCUGGAAUAUAUCAAGAUUGAUAAACUCUACAGGUCUGGGUUUUCUACAGAGUUUAUAUCGACCAAACAGCUAUGAGCAGGGCGUUAUGAGCUAUGGUUCGUCAUCCGAAGCAGAAAUGGUCGUAUUCUACAACAUGUGAAGCCUUUCUACUCAAUUGAGCCUAGUUGAACAGAUGCUCAGAUAGCAGAGGCUGCAACUCCUCUAUAAAUUAUUUCAAUCUUGCGAUAGAAUAUA